GGCCUAAGUACUAAUGUCCAUAUCAGAGUUUCGUGCUCACACUCACGUAAUCAUGUUAAGCCUUUCAAGUUUUGUAUAUGGGAGGUAUACAUUAUGUCAAAAGACAAUGCUCCUCCCUUCUCAACAAAAAGUUAAAGUGUUAGGCUAUUUGGAAAAUUGUUCUCCGCCGGACAUGUGAGGAGGGGUACUUUGGUAAAAUUCACUGGCAUGGGGCGUAGAACAAUUCCUCUUCUCUGUUUGGUGGAGAACAAGUUCGCUAUUUAGCCUUUUCAUCUCGAAGUUUUUGACAAUAGUGCUGGUAUGGCAGUAUCAGGCCGGUAUCUUUCAGUUUCUGUCACUUUUUUUAUUAAGAGUGUGCCGGAUUCUUGUGUGUAAGUUUUGUGUUCCUUCUUAGGUUGCCUCUUAGCUACAUUAAGCAUUGUUUGCUCCAUCUUGCUGAGUUUGAUAUCAUAAACCAUCUGGCUUCUUUCUCUUUCAUGGCUUUUAAUAUCAUACUACUAAACUUUGUAGCAAUUUUGUUAUGGACCUUGCCAUUCACAGUCUUUGCUCAAGACACAAAGAAAUUCAUUUAUAAUGGCUUCCAAGAAGCCAAUCUUCAUCUUGAUGGGGCUGCAACAAUCCACCCAAAUGGAUUGCUGCAGCUGACCAACUUCUCAAAACAGCUAAAAGCUCAUGUUUUUCAUCCAGACCCGCUUGAGUUUUCUUCUUCAUCAUCGCUCUCAUUUUCCACCACUUGGGUGUUUGCCAUUAACCCAGAGAUACAAACCUUUAGUGGUCAGGGAAUUGCAUUUGUUCUCUCUGCUUCCCUGGACUUCCAUCAUAGUCUUCCAGGCUAUGACUUCGGUCUCUUUAAUCGUUCCUCUAUUGGUAACUUUUCAAACCAUAUUUUUGCUGUGGAACUAGAUACCGCACAAGACGUUGAUUUCAGAGAUAUCAAUAGCAACCAUGUUGGAAUUGAUGUCAAUAGCCUGAUAUCAGAUGCUUCUGCUUCGGCAGCCUAUUAUUCUGAUGCUGAAAGUCAGAACAAGAGCCUCAACCUUUUGAGUGCGAAACCGAUGCAGAUUUGGAUUGAUUAUCAUGAGACCAGCAUUUUGAUCCAGGUAACAAUGGCUCCCCUUGGACUCCCUAAGCCAAGUAGGCCUCUGUUAACUUCACAUAUCAACCUUUCUGAAGUUGUCUUAAGCAAGACUUAUGUUGGUUUCUCCUCAUCUACUGGUUCACUGGCUAGUAGUCACUAUCUACUCGGAUGGAGCUUCACCCAAGGUGGGCAAGAAGCUGAAAGCCUUGAUUUAUCAAAGCUUCCUCCACUUCCCCAUAUCAGAAACCGAGGGAAAAAACUGAGUGUGGGUUCCGUAAUCAUGCUGGUUAUUCUAUCAGUCAUGGUCAUAACAAGUGCUUCGUCAUAUUACGUCAAAAGAAGGAAGAAGUAUGAGGAAGUCUUUGAAGAUUGGGAACAAGAAUACCUCCUACAGAGGUUUUCAUAUAAAGAUCUUUAUAACGCUACCAAAGGAUUCAAAGAGAAGGAGCUUUUGGGAGCAGGAGGGUUUGGGAAGGUUUAUAGAGGGAUAUUACCUUCCUCGGAACUUGAAGUCGCUGUUAAAAGAGUCUCACAUCGCUCAGGCCAAGGAGUGAGAGAAUUCGUAGCAGAAAUUGCUUCUUUGGGGAAGUUAAGACACCGAAAUUUGGUACAACUCCUUGGGUAUUGCCGAAGGAAACAAGAGCUACUCCUAGUCUACGAUUACAUGCCUAACCUCAGUCUUGACAAGUAUCUUUAUGAUGAUGGAAUUAUGCCAAAUUUUUCAUGGCAUACAAGAUUCAGAAUCAUUCACGGUGUGGCUUCUGCGCUUUUAUACCUUCAUGAAGAGUGGGAGCAAGUAGUAGUUCAUCGUGAUGUUAAGGCCAGUAACGUUUUACUAGAUGCUGACAUGAAUGCAAGGCUUGGUGACUUUGGACUAGCAAGAUUAUAUGACCACGGUACCAAUCCUCAGACUACCCAUGUGGUUGGAACAGUCGGAUACCUUGCACCUGAGCUUACAAGAAAGGGAAAGGCAACCACUGCCACUGAUGUGUUCUCAUUCGGGAUGCUUACCCUUGAAAUUGCUUGUGGGAGGAGCCCAAUUAGCCUUCAAUCAGGUUCAAAUGUAGAAACAUAUUUAGUCGAUUGGGUAGAUGAAUGCUGGAGAAAAGAGGUGAUUAUCGAGGCAAGCUAUCUAAGAUUUGAAAGGAAUUGUGUUGCGGAAGAACUGGAGCUAGUUUUAAAGCUAGGCAUGCUUUGUUGUCAUCCUAAGCCAGAAGCAAGACCUAGCAUCAGGCAGGCGGUGCACAUUUUGAAUGGAGAUAGUGUUUUGCCUGAGAUGCUUCCUUUCGAUGCUAAAGCCACUCACGGAGAUCAAACUUUGUUUCCUGUAUCUUCUCAAGCAACUUCUGCUUAUUGUGCACACAGUAGUGAUUCCAUACUAGAAGUCGGUCGUUAAAAACUUAAACUAGUUUAUGCCUUCAAAACAUGGCUGUAACCUUACCAUUAUUGUUAAGCAAAUAUGAGACUUCAAGCUUAUUACAAGU